AUGGCCAACCACCAUCCCUCACCUCAAAUGCCUAUGCAAUUGCAACAUGGUCCUCAGGGACCGCCGCAUCCUGGCGCGAUGCCUUACCCACAACAGGCCGCCGCCCCAUCGCGUCAGAUCAAUUCUGUCAACGAGCUUCUAUGGAUGCAAAUUGGUAGCUUUUCGGAGCUCUUGGGCAGCCUCGACGACGCGAUGAAUGCAUACGAACAUGCUCUCCGGGCGAACCCACAAUCGAUUCCAGCCAUGAAUGCGAUCAGCCUAAUUCUUCGUACUCGAGAGGAAUUUCACAAAGCGGUCGAGUUUCUCCAAGCCAUCCUCAAAAUUGACGAACGGAAUGGUGAAGUUUGGGGAAGCCUUGGUCAUUGCUAUUUGAUGAUGGAUGAUUUGCAACAAGCAUAUGCUGCAUACCAAUCAGCGCUGGUGAACCUCCAAAAUCCCAAAGAGCCCAAGCUAUGGUACGGCAUUGGUAUCUUGUAUGAUCGCUACGGGUCACUGGAGCAUGCCGAGGAGGCUUUCUCGCAAGUUAUGCAAAUGCAGCCAGACUUUGAGAAGGCCAAUGAGAUCUAUUUCAGACUCGGCAUAAUAUACAAGCAGCAAGCCAAGUAUGGUCAAAGUCUUGAGUGCUUCAACUACAUUGUCACAUCUCCGCCCCCGCCUUUGACGGAGGAGGACAUCUGGUUUCAGAUUGGCCACGUUCACGAACAACAGAAAGACUAUGACAGUGCCAAAGCUGCCUACAGCAGAGUCCUGGAGAGAGAUCCCAACCAUGCAAAGGUAUUGCAGCAAUUGGGUUGGCUCCACCACCAACAAAGCAGCAGCUUCUCAAGCCAAGAGCGAGCAAUCGAAUACCUGGAGAAAUCAGUCGGCGCCGAUAACAACGAUGCGCAGAGCUGGUAUCUACUUGGCCGGUGCUACAUGUCGCAGCAGAAGUACCCUAAGGCAUAUGAAGCGUACCAGCAAGCUGUGUACCGCGAUGGCCGCAACCCAACUUUCUGGUGCUCGAUCGGUGUACUGUACUAUCAAAUCAAUCAGUACAGGGAUGCGCUCGACGCAUACUCUCGUGCCAUCAGACUGAACCCCUACAUCAGUGAGGUUUGGUAUGACUUGGGCACUCUUUAUGAGAGUUGCAACAACCAGAUCAGCGAUGCUCUGGAUGCUUACCAAAGAGCCGCGGAACUCGACCCUCAAAACCCACAUAUCAAGGCCCGGCUGCAGCUUCUGCGCCAGGGUCAAUCGAGCGGUCAUCUUCCUUCGGGCCCUGCACCAGUGCCAACUGAUGUACACCCACAGAGUUACGGCGCUCAGGGACCUCAAGCACCUCAAUGGACGGGGGCAUCUGCUACGCCUCAGCAACAACAGCCCGGCCGACCUCCUGUUGGUCCUGGUGGCCCAAACGGAUGGGGCAGCAUUAGGGAUGUCAACCCACCUCAGCCUCCCAACCCAUAUGACCAAAGAGAACCAUUCAGAGGUCCUGCCCCUCCUAUGCCUCGGCAGCCCAGUCCCCGCCAAGAGCCUCAGCAGAUGAGACCUUACGGUGAUGCAAGCCGUCAAGGCCCGCCUCCGGGUCCCGCUCCCAUCCGUAGAGGCCCUUCGCCUGGACCACCUCACUACGGUCCUCCUCCAGGCCAGAGCCAGCCACCACCGCCAUCAUCCCAGGGACCACCUGCUCGGGUCAGCAACCCCAACUACACUCCUGCUCCUACCGCAGGCAUGUCUCAAGCCAAUGGACCGCCCAACGGACCUCCAAAUGGUGCCGCUCCUCCACCUCACCUUAUGCCUUAUCGAGGAGGAUCACCUCGUUCUGAGUCGCGCCCUCCCAUGCAUGACAACCGCAUGCCUUCCCCCAAGUCGGCAUAUCCCCAGUAUCAGCCGCCACCCCAUGCCCGUCACCAGGAGGGCGGACCUAGCAGCAUGGACAACAACGUCCCACCGCCUCUCAAGGGUCCAAUGGGUCCCGACGGCCCCAUGCACCGCGGAGAUGAUCGCCCACCUUCAGUGGGACCUAAGCGCAUGCGGGAAUGGGAGGAUGAGCCAGCAAUCAAGAAGCCUGCAUCUGACGAAAACCGUGCUCUCAUCCAUGACAUGCGCCAUCGCCGGCCUUCAACGCCACUCCGCGGCGGUCCUGAGCCAUAUCGCCGGACAUCUCCAGAGCAGCAUCGUUUCGAAGAGCAGCGGCGAUUGGACGAGCAACGCCGCGCUGAAGAUCAGCGCCAUGCCGAGGAAAUACGACGUGCGGAAGAGCAGCGCCGCGCCAACGAAAGCUAUCACCCCUCUGAGGCUGCCCACCACCAGCCUUCGCACCCAAUGCCUCCAGCUCACUUGCCACCAAUGCAGCAAGGCCCUCAGCCUAUGCAAGGCAUCGUGCAUAACGGACCGUCGCAUUCAAACGGCACCAGUCCCGCUCAACCGCCCAAGGAGUAUCAGCAAGACGACCGUUCGAGAAUCGAGCUUCCUCCCCCUCCUACGCCUACACCGCAGCAACCGAACGAGCCUGAGAGAGCCGCUCGCAAAAUGGAUGUUGAUGAAGAUUACGACGACAGCGGAGAAGAGGAAAAGAAAGUGGUUGUCGGCGGUCCUAGCUCUGGGCCAGCGUCUGCCUCGGGGGAGCUGAAGACCUCCACACCAGCCAAUGCAGGAGUAAAUGGAUUGAUGGGACCUGCCCCUAAGACCGAGGGAGCAGUGUAG